AUGGAUGAAGGAAAUUCUUCACAAAAAGUAGAAGCAGAGUCCCCUUAUGAGGUAUUAAUUUCAUUUGAAUUUGUCUUCAUCUUGCAUUUUGUUAAUGAAACUAUGGGGAUCACGGAUAAAAUUUGUCAAGCUUUGCAAAACCAAUCGCAAGACAUUUUAAAUGCUACGCAUUUAGUUUCAUCCACUAAAAAACUUAUUCAACAAUUUAGAGAUGAGAAAUGGGAUGACUUACUAGCUACUAUGAUAUCAUUUUGUAAGGAAUGUGGUUUAGAUGUCCCUGAUAUGAACGCUCGUUAUGUUGCAAGAUUUGGUCGAUCUCGUCAUCAACAAGAGGACUUUAGAAAUGAGCAUUAUUAUAAAGUAGAUAUUUUUAAUGCAGGAAUAGAUUCUCAAUUACAGGAACUAAAUCAUCGGUUUAAUAAUUUUUAUCCAAUAGACUUCACAGAUGAUGAGAAGAAUGAUUUGAAAAAGGAACUUGAUCUUUAUAAGUAUGAUGUAGUUCAGCAUUCAAGGUUCAAGAAUUUGAAAAAUAUUUCUAAAUUGUGCCAAUGGAUGGUGAGAACUAGAAAAUCAGAAUACUAUCUGCUUAUUUAUAGAGUGGUCAAGCUUGUGCUUACUCUUCCCGUUUCUACUGCAACUACAGAGCGAGCAUUUUCAGCUAUGAAUGUCAUCAAAACUGACCUUCGCAACAAAAUGGAAAAUGAGUUUUUGUCAGAUGCUAUGAUGUUAUUCAUUGAAAGGGACAUUGUUGCGACAAUUAGUACAGAUUCAAUCAUAGAUGAUUUCGAAGAUUUAAAAAGAUGGCGAGUUCCAUUUUCAUAA